CCCUCUUUCUCCUUCAUCACUCCUUUGAUUCCGCCUGUCUUACCAUUUAGUACAACACCAUGGGCGCCAUCAACCUUGCCGAAUGGCAAAAGCUGCCUGUCAGUCUGGCCGAACUAUGCAUCAACACCACCCUGCGCUGCGGCCAGUCCUUCCGAUGGCGCAAAGACGACGCCGGCGUGUGGUCCAUUGCCCUCCAUUCCCGCAUCCUCUCCCUCCAUCAAGACCCCGACUACCUGUACUACCGCUCCAUUCGACCCUCCACCUUACAAGCACCACCCACGCCACCCGCCUCGCAGCCCCCUUCAAUCCCCGAUGAUGCAGACGACGACACCCACCAAUUACUCCAGCACUACUUCAACCUCUCCCCCAAUCUCACCGAGCUCUACCGCCAAUGGUCGUCAGCCGACGCCAACUUCGCCAAAAAGGCGCCCAAAUUCACCGGCGUGCGCAUCCUCAAGCAAGACGCGUGGGAGGCGCUCGUCGGCUUCAUCUGCAGCAGCAACAACAACAUUGCCCGCAUCUCGCAAAUGGUGCACAAGCUGUGCAUCCACUACGGUCCGCUGCUGGGUUACUUGAACGGCGAGCCGUACCACGAUUUCCCCGUCCCCCUGGCGCUGGCGAAAGAUGGGGUGGAGGCGCAUUUGCGUGCGCUGGGGUUCGGGUAUCGCGCGAGGUAUAUUCACCAGACGGCUAUGAUUGUCGCGGCCAAGCCGGAGGGUUGGCUAGACUCGCUGCGUAAUCCGGAGUCUCCUAUCCUCGGACAGAAAGCUACAUCCGCAGGCGAAUGGAAAGCAGAAGGUCGAGACGGGUACCGCGCCGCUCAUGAAGAACUCCUCACAUUGCAAGGCGUUGGUCCCAAGGUGGCGGACUGCGUGUGCCUGAUGGGUCUUGGCUGGGGAGAAGCGGUCCCGGUCGACACGCAUGUUUGGCAGAUUGCCCAGCGCGACUACAAGUUUGGCAAAGGGAAGCAUGCUAGCUUGACGAAGGCGACGUAUGAUGCUGUUGCGAGCAAGUUUCGUGGCUUGUGGGGGAAAGAGGCUGGGUGGGCGCAUUCGGUGCUUUUCACCGCGGAUUUGAGGGCGUUCUCUGAGAGGCUAGUGGGGAAGGUGGAGGAGGUGAAGGAUGAGGUGGAAGUGAAAGUGGAGGAAGAGAGCGGAGACACGAUCGUCGAGGAUGUGGAGAGAAGUGUCAAAGUAUUGGACAAGCGGGUGAAGCGCGAACGAGAAGACGGCGAGCAACAGCUGCUAGAAGUGGAAGAGAAGAAGACAGUGAAGCGUAGAAGACGACUAAGAUAGUCAAAUACACACA